UCAUAUCGACCAAUCAGGUUCGUGAAGGGUAGCUUUUUGAAAACGUUGGCGGCCACGGAACUUGAAAACAGUACGGCUGGACUUUCUCCAUUAAACCUUCAUACUACAGUUAUUCACUACGAUGCAGAAUAAGGAAAAUUAUAACCCUGGGGGUUUCCAAAGAACGUUUGCAAUUCCAAGCAUGGUGGCAGGACCACAGCGUGUUCAGGUGAAGCCACGAGCAGAGAUGGACAGAAAUGCUAUCACAGGCCCUGGAAAAGAAUGUGUAGCCUCCAGUUCUGCCUCAAAGAAAAUAUCCAUUGAUGACUUUGACAUCGGUCGACCACUGGGCAAGGGCAAAUUUGGCAAUGUCUAUCUUGCAAGGGCGAAGAAGCUGCAAGCCAUUGUAGCACUCAAGGUGUUGUUCAAGUCACAGAUGGAAAAGGAGGGCGUGGAGCAUCAACUCAGGAGGGAAAUUGAGAUUCAGGCACAUCUGAAGCAUCCCAACAUCUUGCGCUUCUACAAUUAUUUUCAUGAUCGAAAGAGGGUCUUCUUGGUGCUUGAGUACGCCCCACGUGGUGAGAUGUACAAGGAGCUACAGAGAUGUGGAAGAUUUGAUGACCAGCGCACUGCCACUUACAUGGAGGAGAUAUCUGAUGCACUUUUGUACUGCCAUGAGCAGAAAGUGAUUCAUCGUGACAUCAAGCCGGAGAACCUGCUUCUCGGCUACCGUGGAGAGCUGAAAAUUGCUGAUUUUGGUUGGUCUGUCCAUGCACCAUCUCUAAGACGUCGCACAAUGUGUGGGACACUGGACUACCUCCCCCCAGAGAUGAUUGAGGGCCACACCCACAGUGAGAAAGUGGACCUGUGGUGCAUCGGGGUCCUCUGCUACGAAUGCUUGAUCGGCAACCCACCUUUUGAAACUGCCAGUCAUUCAGAAACCUACAAAAGAAUUAUGAAGGUGGAUUUGAAGUUUCCCAGAACCAUCUCAGAUGGUGCACGGGACCUGGUGUCCAAACUGCUCCGCCACAAUCCCACCGACCGUCUCUCACUACAGAGUGUCAUUGACCACCCGUGGGUGCGCUCCAACUCACGCCGAGUCCUACCUCCCACCUGCCCUGCCAAGAAAUCCUGAGCCCACUUGGCCUGCUUGCUUAUCACCCACUGAGGGGUGUUUUUUAAAUCUGUCCUUCACAACAGACUUGGGGCCAGCAUGUUUCAGUUUCACUGCCAUGGGCUUCAAACUGCCAUUAUUCUGGCACAUUUUAUGAAGGGUAUAAAUGCAUACCCACUUUUUUAUAUUGUACAGUGUGCUGUCAUUAUCUAUGUCUAGUAUGUUGCCUAGAGGUGUUUUUACUGUCCUUUCUUUCCAAAAACUUUUAAAAAUGGACACAGCUCUAUUUUGGAUUUCUGUAUCUGGUGGUGUUGACACCAAAGUACUACUGUUGGAACAGCCUAAUGCUGAAUAUAUAUUCUCAAAUAGUUUAAGGUGUUUUAAGGGUUGGGGUGAAAAGCAUGUUAUUUUCCCUCAACUGUACUUUAAAUUUCUAAUAAAUAUUAUAAAAUAA